CUUGCACACGACCUUCACCUCUGCCCAUCAUGGUUCCCCAGAUGCAGACGUCUGCAGCUGGGGCUCUCGCACUAUUGUCCGAACGCGAACCCGAAAUCCAGGAGUAUGCGCUACAGAGUUUGAAUGACCUGGUAGACCAGUGUUGGGCUGAGGUGUCAGAAGAGAUUACCAAAAUAGAAACCCUCUACGAAUCCACAUCACUUUCGCAAUCUUCGCGCGCGCUCGCAGCCCUCAUCGCCAGCAAGGUCUACUACAGCCUUCAGGAGUACGAUGACGCGCUCACCUUUGCCCUUGGAGCCGGAGACUUGUUUGAACGAGAGCGGAAAGCCAGGCGGAGUCCGGAAUACGUGGAAACUAUAAUUUCCAAAUGCAUCGAUACCUACAUUGCAAAGCGAAUAGCCAUGGCCGACCCUGAAGACCCGAAUACGGACGUCAAGACUGUUUCGUCUGCAAUAGACCAGCGUUUGCAGGCGAUCAUAGAGGGAAUCUUCCAGGCUGAUAUAGAGGAAGGCGAAUCCAAGCAGGCAUUAGGCGUAGCUCUUGAGUCGUCACGAUUCGAUGUUAUUCAGCGUAUCCUGGCCCGGUCUCCAGAUGCCGAAAUUCUAGCUUACAUUCUCUCCGCGCUCACUGAGCACACUGUGUCCCAUCCACACGUGCAUUUCCGUGAAAAGGUGCUACGAUACCUUCUCGGCCUCUUCCCCUCCCUUUCUGCGCCCGACUACUUCUCUACCACCCGCAUUUUGCUGCUUCUCAAUGACGCAGCGCUCGCCUCCGCCUUCCUCAAAGAUCUCGUCGAGAGCAAGAUGGGAGAGAAGCAGCUCAUCGCCCUACAAAUGGCAUUUGACUUGGUUGAUUCUGGAAAUCAGGAAUUCCUAGAUCAGGUCAAGUCCCAGAUGCCCGCACCUGCAGAGGAUGCAACACCCGACCCUUACACAAAACUGCGCCGUGUCCUGACCGGUGAGGAGAGUGUCGCCCUGUACCUUGAGUUCCUCAAGCGCAACAACCACGUUGAUAUGCUCAUCCUGAAGAACACGAAGGAUGCUCUAGAAGCGCGCUCCAGCAUAUACCACUCUGCGCUCAGCUUCGCCAAUGCCUACAUGCACACGGGCACAACAAGCGACACGUUCUUGCGAGACAGCCUGGAAUGGCUUGGCCGCGCAACCAACUGGUCGAAAUUCACCGCCACGGCCGCACUCGGCUUGUUGCACAAGGGUAAUCUUGGACGGAGUAUGCAGAUCCUCGGUCCGUAUCUACCACCAGAGAACGGACCCAGCCAGAGCCCUUUCAGUGAGGGUGGUGCGUUAUUCGCUCUUGGUCUCAUUCAUGCCAAUCGUGGAGAGGCGGUAAAGGAGUACCUGAAGGGCAUUCUCAGCUCUGCAGGGCGGGACGAGGUCGUGCAGCAUGGCGCCGCGUUGGGUCUAGGCGUGUCUGGCAUGGCUAGCGGGGCCGAAGAUGUAUAUGAAGAGCUCAAGGCGAUCCUGUUCAGCGACUCAGCCGUAGCUGGGGAAGCCUGUGGACAUGCCAUGGGUCUCGUCAUGCUCGGCACCGGGAACCGGAAGGCAUUCGACGAGAUGCUGCAGUAUGCUCACGAGACCCAGCAUGAGAAAAUCAUCCGUGGUAUGGCCAUGGGCAUGGCUUUCUUGUUCUAUGGAAAGCAAGAGUCGGCAAACGAUGUCAUCGAUCUCCUUAUCAAAGAAAAGGACCCCAUCCUGCGUUAUGGGGGUGUUUAUACUCUUGCUCUCGCCUACGCUGGGACAUCCAACAACAAUGCCGUCCGCCGAGUUCUUCAUCUUGCAGUAUCCGACACUAGCGACGACGUCCGGAGAGCGGCUGUUACAUCACUCGCGUUCCUGCUGUUCAAGAACCCAACACAAGUGCCUCGUGUCGUGCAGCUGCUCAGCGAGAGCUAUAACCCUCAUGUUCGGUACGGCGCCACCCUCGCACUCGGUAUCAGCUGCGCAGGCACCGGUCUGCAAGACGCUGUGGAGCUCCUUGAGCCCAUGACUAAGGACCCGGUUGACUUUGUCCGGCAAGGCGCUAUGAUUGGGCUUGCCAUGAUCCUGGUACAGCGGACGGCAGCUGGAUCCCCUGCCGUCACUUCCGCCCGUGCCCUCUAUACCAAAGUCAUCGCCGACAAGCACGAAGACCCCAUGGCACGAUUCGGUGCCACACUCGCGCAAGGGCUAAUCGACGCUGGCGGGCGCAACGUGACCAUCUCCCUGCAGAGCCGGGCCGGUGGAGCAAACAUGAGCGCGAUUGUGGGUAUGGCGCUGUUCACCCAGUUCUGGUACUGGUACCCUCUUGCCCACUGCGCGUCCCUCGCUUUCUCCCCGACGGCGAUUAUCGGUGUGACGGGAGACCUCAAGGUGCCCAAAUUCGAGUUUGUCUCCCAAGGAAAGCCCAGCUUGUUCGCGUACCCUUCGCUUACGAAGCCGCCUACGAAGGAGACGGUCGAGAAGGUUGCGGCUGCUGUGCUAUCCACUACGGCUAAGGCUAAGGCGAGGGCGAAGACGAAGGAACAAGAGAAAGCUCAGGACGGGGAUGCAAUGGAGACUGAUGAGAAACCCGUGAACGCUCUGCUCGAACUGAAGGAAGGCGAAGAGGUGAAAGCUGACGGGAACGCGACCCCCCAGCCACGGAAGCGCGAGCCGACGUCUGAGAAACUAGCAAACAUGUCACGCGUCGUACCCGCUCAGCUACCACACAUCGUCUUCCCCUCCGAUAGGCGGUUCUUCCCUAUCCGACCAGUGACCGGCACUGCCCGCCCAGUUCCAGCUCGGAAACCAUCAAAGUCCCGCGUCCCUGCCUCUGCAACACCACCUGUCAACAGUGCACAGUAUGCCGGCGGCGGGGGAAUCAUCGUCCUGAUCGACAGGCGACCGGACGAGCCAGUGGAGUACUUCGAGCCUGAUCCUGAACCCGCAGCUGCCCCGGCAGCUACGACUGGGAUGGAUGUGGACGCCCCAGCGGGCCCGAUUGAGAUGGAAGGUGCGGAGGCUGAGAUGCCCGCGCCGUUCGAGUACCCGUUUGGUGAGGAUACGUAGCCAGGGGUGAUGGCGAAAGAGUGUGGUAGAUACAAUUG